GUUCUUUCUCACCCCGGAAAUAUUUUGCAUCUUUGCACUAACGCAGCUAAUAAAAAACAAAAGCGACGAUUCCGUGAAAUCUCACAAACAUUGCCCCACAUUGGGAAACUUUACGUUUUGCCUCAAUAUUUAUACCUGAUUUUCACAAUUAUUAAAUAAUUUGGAGUCGUAGGCUCGUCGCUAGCUAGCUAGUUAGCUGUGAUGGCAGCGCCUAUUGCUCCAUUGAAUUGCGCUCCUGCUUUAAGUCACAAGCAACGAAAGGCUGCCUCCAGGAAAGAAAGAAGAAAGCGCAAACGACAAGCAAUCGCCCGAACCAGAGAAUGUGCGGCACAAAGUGGAACCGUUGUUGAUCCCUCAGAGGAAAAGGAGGAAGUAGAUGAUGAGGAUGCCAGUAUGUUUGAUGAGGAAAGGCAACGGCUCCAUGAAGAGUGGCUUGAGCGAGAGCGGCAUGCACAAGAAGAAUUUCGUCUGAGGUCUGAGAGGGAGGAAGCUGCAAGGAAACGGAGAGAGGAUGAUGAGCGGAAGAUAAAGGAGGAAUGGGAGGCACAGCAGAAGAAAGACGAAGAAGAAAAAGAGCAGAAGCAGCAGGAGAAGCGAGACAGAGAGGAGGCUGUUCAGAAAAUGUUGGAUGAAGCAGAAAAUCAGCUAACUAAUGGAGGUCCGUGGAUGAAUCCCGAAGCACCGGUAACAGCGAAAUCUGAAAAUUAUGGUACAGAGCGGGAUGUCGCCAACUGCCCUUUCUUCCUCAAAACUGGAUCGUGUCGAUUUGGAGACAGAUGUUCUCGGAAACACGUUUACCCGUCGAGCAGCCCCACUCUGAUGGUCCGCGCUAUGUUCAUAACAUACGGCAUGGAACAGUCUCUCCGCGACGACUACGACGGGGAUGCUUCUCUGGAGCACAGUGAGGAAGAUCUGCACGAGUCCUUUGUCGAAUUCUACCAUGAUGUUCUACCAGAGUUUAGGACCAUUGGCAAGGUGGUCCAGUUUAAGGUCAGCUGCAACUAUGAGCCACACUUGCGAGGGAAUGUUUACAUCCAGUUUGACACUGAGGAGCAGUGCAGAGAAGCCUAUAUCAAAUUUAACGGAAGGUGGUACGCCGGCAAGCAGCUUCAGUGUGACAUCUGUCCUGUUACACGGUGGAAGAAUGCCAUUUGUGGGCUGUUUGACAGAAAGAAGUGCCCCAAAGGGAAACACUGCAAUUUCCUGCAUGUAUUUCGAAACCCUGGCAAUGAAUUCUGGGAGGCCGACAGGGACCUUCACAUUUCACCAGAUCGCAGCAUCAAGGGCAGUCACUCGGAGCGAUACUCGGAAAGACACACGGAGAGACGAAGCGACAGAUCGUGGAGGAGUUACCGGAGCAGAAGCCCACAGAGAUCGGAGAGAUCCUACGGCAGACGAGAAGAUGACCGACGCAGUGAGAGGAGUCGGGAUAGGAGAACGUCCUGGCACCAAAGAGACGACAGAAGACGCCCCUUUGGCUCAGCGCGUUAUGACAAGGGUAGGGACAGGUACCGAAGUAAAAGCAGAAGCAGAGAGACAUCCAGGAGCAGAAGUCGAGACCGGAAAAGGAGUCAAGAUAGACAUCGGAACAAAAGUGAAGAGAAAGACAGAAACGGAGAUGUGGUAAAAGAUGUCGAAAGAAACAAAUCAAGUAGAGCAAAGAGCAAAGAUCACAGCCCGGAGGCUGAAGAUGAAAAUCAAAGUGUUCUCGAUGAGGACGACAAAACACGUCGGCACCACAAGCGCUCGAAAAAGAGUAAGAAGAAAAGCAAGAAGAAGCACAAGAAGCGGAGCCGUUCACCUGAAGCGAUGACUUCAUCGCAAGAGUCAGAGGAAGAGACUGUGGACAAACACUCGGUAAAAAGUCCAAGUGGAGAAAAAGCAGAACUCCUUCAGAACAAAGAUGACUUGAAUGUAUGUCCAAGCACUGAAAUAGAAAAAUGUUCCAUAACACAAGUUGACGAGCCCACACUCAGUUCUUCUUAGUGGCUUUUACAAUUGAAACUUUCAUCUGGUUAAUUAUGGAAAGACGUAUCCUCGUUAAACUGCGAGGAAAAAGUAAAAAAAAAAUUCCGGUUUGAAGACAUUUAUUGUUGAAUACUGUCAAAUAUAAAUGUCAAUACGAUGGCGAAUACAAAAUGGUUUAUUUUGCAGAUAUGAAAGAAAUUUUACAUUCUGAAUGAAUGCUGAAGUUUUAGAAUAAACACCAUUUGGCUGCA